CCCCUCAGUCGAGGCGGCGGCGGCGCGCGGGGCGGACGGAGCGCGCUGAUUAUUAUUUUCUUUAAUUCUUAUUCUAAGCCCUCCAUCGCCUCACCGCCGCCACGACCGGGACCGGCCCCGCCGCCUCGCCCCCCAUGGAGGCUCCCGCCGCCCCUCCCGCCGCGCCGCCGGCGCCUUGCAGCGCCGCCCGCAGCCUGCAGGACGAGCUGACGUGCCCGGUGUGCCUGGAGUACUUCACCGACCCGGUGCUGGUGGCCGAGUGCGGCCACAACUUCUGCCGCGCCUGCGUCACGCAGUGCUGGGAGGACUCGGCGCGCCGCCUCUGCUGCCCUCAGUGCCGGGAGCCGGUCCCGCAGCGCCUCUUCCGCCCCAACCGCUCGCUCGGCAACAUCGUCCACAUCGUCCGCCAGCUCGGCCUGCCUCCCGGCCCCGCCGAGCCGGCGCCGCCCGCCGCCGCUUCUCCUUCUCCUCCUUCUCCUCCGCCGCCCGCCGCCGCUCCGCCGCCGGGCCCGCCGCGCUGCCCGAGGCACGGCGAGCCGCUGCGGCUUUACUGCGUGCAGGACCGGCGGGCCGUGUGCGUGGUGUGCCACCUGUCCCGCGAGCACCGCGCCCACACCGUGCUGCCCGCCGAGGAGGCGCGCCGAGAUUUCCACCGCAUUUUUAUCCGAUUUUCACCCGAUUUUCACCGGAUUUUUAUCCGAUUUUUAUCCGAUUUUUAUCCGAUUUUCACCGGAUUUUUAUCCGAUUUUUAUCCGAUUUUCACCCGAUUUCCACCGGAUUUUCACCGGAUUUUCACCGGAUUUUUAUCCGAUUUUUAUCCGAUUUUCACCGGAUUUUUAUCCGAUUUUUAUCCGAUUUUCACCGGAUUUCCCCGUUUUUCCCCGCAGAAGCAGGCGGAGCAGGAGCGCCAGAAGAUCGCGGCCGAGUGCCGGGAGCUGCGCGCGUUCCUGCAGGAGAAGGAGCAGCUCCUGAAUUCCUUGUUUUUUUUUUUCCCCUUUUUCCAGGGCGUCGUCCCGGCUGGCGGCGGCUUGGAGAGCUGGAUGUUCCUCAAACCCGAGCCCGGCUUUUCCGAGCUGGAGAAGAAACUCAAGAGUUUUUCCCAGAAGAGCGCCGUGCUCAAGGAAGUGCUGUUGGAAUUUAAGGAAAACCUGCGCUUUGAGCUGGAGAACGACACAGCUGAGCUCUGCCUGGACCCCGACACCGCCAACCCUUACCUGGUGCUGUCGGAGGACAAACGGAGCGUCCGUCUCCGCGGGGCGCCCCAGGAACUCCCUCCUCACCCCAAACGCUUCGACUACGCCUUCUGCGUCCUGACCUCCGAGGGAUUCUCCGCCGGACGCCACUACUGGGAGGUGGAGGUGGGAGACGGGGAGAGCUGGGUGCUGGGAGCCGCCCGCGAGUCCGUGCGCCGCAAGGAGAAAGUCGACUUCGCCCCCGAGGAAGGCAUUUGGGCGGUGGGCCUCAACUGGAAGGGCAAAAAUUGGGAUCAAUACCAGGCCUUCACCUCCCCGGAGACGCCGCUGUCGCUCUGCGAGCGGCCGCGCAAGGUCGGGGUGUACCUGGACUACGAGGGAGGGUGGGUGGCGUUCUACAACGCCGACAGCAUGGCGCCCAUCUUCACCUUCACCGCCGCCUUUUCCGAGAGGAUUUUCCCAUUUUUUUGGCUCUUCUACGUCGGCUCCUCGUUGUCCCUCUGCAACUGAGCCCGCCGCGCUCGCUGGUGGUGUGUGUCCACCCCUCUUCUCUCUUUCUCCAUCCUUAAAUUUUCCUUUCGCUUCCCAAAUCCCACCCGCGGCUGUUUUGUUGGAUUUUUUGGGGUUUUUUCUCUUUUU